AAACUAGAAAGACAAGAUUCUUCAACCAGAGCUUUACAACUUUCGAACAAGCAAACCCAAGCAACAAGAACUGAACAACGCCGUCGAGUCAUGUCCGAAGAAACUGCACGGAAGCGCUCGCGCACCGAAUCUCUUUCCCCCAAACCAACCGAUCCCAAUCCAACAACAAAUGAAGAGAGUGAUGAAGAGGUGGGCCCAUUGCCCAUGGGAAAUGACGAGAAGGGACUGAAGAAGAUGGAGAAAACUCGGAAAAAAGCUCGAGCGGCACACCAACACGAACGUCUGUACUUGAAAAACCUCCCAUCUGCCGAACGUUACCACCGAUCAUUUAUGCAUCGGGAUGUAGUCUCUUGGAUAACAGUGACCAAAACAUUGUUUAUUAUCACCGCUUCCGUCGACGGUCAUAUCAAAUUCUGGACAAAAAAAGACCCCAAGGAAGGGCCUGGAAUAGAGUUUGUUAAACAUUAUCGAGCCCAUCUGAGUCCGAUCGUCUCAGUCUCUGCAUCAGUGGAUGGGAUGAUGUAUGCGAGUGUGUCGGCGGAAGGAGAAGGGGGGAGCAUCAAGAUCUUUGACGUGAAGAAUUUUGAUAUGAUCAAUAUGUUCAAAAUCAACUUCGUCCCUCAAGCGUGUUGUUGGCUUCACGAUAUCGGACAGGCUGCCACUAUCUUGGCGGUCUCCGAUGCACAAUCCCCCGCUAUCCAUUUUUUCGAUGGCAGAGGUGAUGGAAAGCCUUUUAUGUCAACCUCUACUCUUCACCAAGCUCCAGUCCAUCUCUUUGCGUUCAAUCCAAGGUUUAACUGCGUUAUCUCCGCGGACACCUCUGGGAUGCUGGAGUACUGGGAGCCUUCCGAGGGCUUUGCUCUUCCUGAGGGUUUGAAAUGGUCACUAAAAAGCCAAACUGAUCUAUAUUCAUUCAAAAAGUCGAAGUCGGUUCCAUCCUCUUUGACGGUGUCUGAUGACGGCUCUUACUUCGCAACGACCACCCUCAACUCAACCGAGCAUAGUAUCUGUGUUUUUAACUUCUCCUCUGGCAAGUUACUCCGGAAAUAUGACGAGAGUAUCACGGCGAUCACCGAGAUGCAACAGGCUGGGACGGCGGCCUAUAGUUUGGAUGAUAUGGAGUUCGGUCGACGAUUGGCUGUCGAACGUGAGCUGGGUAAAACGGUUGAGAGUGGACUGAUGCCUGGCGCAUGUGGGAGUGCGGUGUUCGACCCUAGUAGCACUUUCCUGCUCUACCCCUCCCUACUUGGAAUUAAAAUUGUCAACAUCCAGCUGAAUAAGAUGGUCCGGAUUCUUGGUAAGGAUGAGAAUCAUCGGUUCUUACACUUAUCUUUACUGCCAAGUCUACUGCGCAAAGAGGAAAUUAUGACAGUUGCGAUGGCAAUUUCAGAUAAUCCAUUGUUGGCUGAUGAAGGACGAACAGAACCUAGUCUAUUUUGCACUGCAUUCAAGCGGCCUAGGUUUUAUAUUUUCAAUCAAACUGAGCCGGAAUCUGAUUCGGGGACGAAGAACACGGAUCGAGAUAUCUUCAACGAGAAGCCAACGAGGGAGGAACAAGCGGUUGCUGCAGUCGCCCCAGCUGCUAAGGUCCUCCUUGGCACCUCCGCCGUCAUUCAUACUACUCGUGGCGAUAUUCAUUGUCGUCUUAACCCUGAAUUGGUGCCUAAGACCGUCGAAAACUUUGUCGGUCAUGCUAGGAAUGGAUACUAUGACGGCGUGAUCUUUCAUCGGAUCAUUCGGAAAUUCAUGAUUCAAACCGGUGAUCCUCGCGGUGAUGGGACUGGUGGUGAAUCUAUUUGGGGUGGUAACUUUGAGGAUGAGUUUGUGCCUAAUCUCAAGCAUGAUCGACCUUAUUGUCUCAGUAUGGCCAAUGCUGGACCCGGAACCAACGGCUCUCAAUUCUUUAUCACUACCGUACCCACCCCUUGGCUCGAUAACAAACACACUAUCUUUGGACGUUGUGUAUCGGGCUUUGACGUGGUUCAUGAGAUCGAAAAUGUUCGAUGCGAUAAGACUGAUAAACCUCUACCGGAUCAUGAGGUGAAAAUCACCAGCAUCACCGUUGCUUAAAUGUUCCUCAAGUCUAUCACAGUGCAACCAAUCACACCCCGAUCUGCAUUCAAUCGGUGCCUUUUUUCUGCUUUAUUUCCUUGUGGAUGUUCCCAGUCAACUACAUAUAGAGUCUUAUACACCAGAGCAGUCAAUUUCAGACAUUGGAAUCAGAUACCAUGCUUAAAUUUGUCUAGAACUUUUCGAACCUUGAUUUUUUGAUAUGCUGGACGACAACCAUAAGCCGUGCUAUGUAGCCUGAUUAGCUAAUAAUUUCAAGGAUCAAUGAUGCUGGGCGAUUGCAUCACCUCAGAG